UUAAGAUAACGAAAGCACGAGGAGAGGUUAAUCCCUUUGCUUCUUAGUUAAUGUGUAAUGCACAAGCAGGUUCCAGGGCAGAGAUCCUGGACAGGGUGGAGCUUUCACUUCAAAGAAUUGUGGGAUUUCAGGAAUGGUUUCCUGAAAGUCAGCUUCUCAGGAAAUGUUUCCUCCUCAGAUUUGGGAAACGUUAAGCCAUCGGGACCUUACGCUCUGAAGAAGAAUGAUGCGUUUCAUGCUGCUAUUCAGCCGUCAAGGCAAACUGAGGCUGCAGAAGUGGUACAGCACAGUGCUUGAAAAGGACAAAAAAAAGAUCAUUCGGGAACUUGUUCAGAUUGUGCUGUCUCGACAACCUAAAAUGUGCAGCUUUGUGAACUGGCGAGACGUCAAAAUUAUUUCUAAAAGGUAUGCUAGUUUAUAUUUCUGUUGUGCGAUAGAAGAGCAAGAUAAUGAACUUCUGACUCUGGAAAUCAUCCAUCGUUACGUGGAGUUGCUGGACAGAUACUUUGGAAAUGUGUGUGAACUAGACAUCAUCUUUAAUUUUGAGAAGGCCUAUUUCAUACUAGAUGAAUUUCUAAUGGGAGGAGAGUUGCAAGACACCUCAAAGGAAAGCAUACCAAAAGCAAUAGAGGAAGCAGAUAUGUUACAAGAGACAAUGGAAGAAUAUAUGUCUAAGCCCACAUUUUAACCUGGGCAUUACUCUCCUGGAAGAAGGUGGACUAAACAUGUGGAUAAGGACUUGCAGUGGCUACCAAUUGCCAGAAUAGAAGUGUAUAAUAUCUUGUUGCAGUGUCUUAUUGUGGAAGAAAACAUAUAAUAGGUGGUGCUCUAUGGAGUGGUGAGUUUAGUGCGCUUUGACAAAGUGCACUUUUAACAAAAUUCUCAUUCUAAGAGCUUUUAAUCACAAAACUUAUCACCAGUGAAACCUCUCCCCCCCCUCCCCCACCGACUACAUGAAGUGCAAUGUUGUUACCGAAUUAGCACUGUGCAAUGUUCAGACAUCAAAUCUAGUUUCAUAACAUUUUAUACAAACAGUUUCUGUGUUGAUUUCAGUUUGCUUUUUUGUAAGCCUGAAAAUAUCAUAACGAUGUAUAACCUACUAAUUAAUUUUUUUCCCCCUAAAUUUUUGAUCAAAUUUAAAAUCUACAUUCUUGCAAAUCAAACUAACUGAAUACGCUAUGUUGUCUGUGUUACUCAUGCAUGUUGUAUUUUCUGAAAAAUGUAGAUUUUUGUACCGUUAAAUCCAAUCUGAAGGCCACUUCUAUCAGCAAAUCAUCGAUAGCGAUUUGCUCAUCUCAGGUAUAAGGUUGGAGUAGUUGUUUUAGUAUCUUUACAAAAAAUCUUGAAAUGCAGUUAGCAUGCAUCAAUUUAUUCUGAGGAAUAGAUAUUCUUAACUGAAAUAGGGCUUUUGCAAUUUCAAAGUGUCCUUAUAAAAGGGUAAAACUGUUAGGACAUGACAUUAAUAAAAAUGAAGUUAUUAUUUGAAUGUUGAUUUAGUCAAGUCUGAUAUCUGAUUUUGAAUCUAACCCUUUUGCACUUCUGAAGUUCAAAUUGCUCCAGAGUACCCAUUCCUCAACAACUUCCAAUUGACAUUUGAUAUUUCAAUUUGAUUUGAUAUUUUGCUUUCAAAAUACACAGCCACUAACUACACUUUACAGUAAAUUCUGUGAAGCGUUUUGAGAUGUCCUCCUGACAAUAUCAGUUGCAAGUAUUAUUUUUAUUAUAAACGAUUUCAAUUUUGAAAUGGGUCUGAGUCAAUUUUGAGUUCAGGAAGUUUAGUUCUAGGUAGAUAGUUUCAAUGGAUUUCCCGCCAUGAAGGAUUACAGUGAAUGGCUGGGUCUGUGUUUCAGUCACUUGUACAAACAGUUUUCUUUUCUGUCCCCCAAAUACUCCUGCACAUACAUUGAUGCCAUCAGCCUUUACCAGGAACACUUAAACUUGAAAUAAAAUAAACUCAUGCUGUUGACUAUGAAGGGUUCUUUGCCCCCAAAAUCGUCUGUUGUCAGAGUAAUACACUUCCUUAUAGUUUCACUUGGUUAUUUUGGGAGUCAGUGAAUAUCUAUGAAAAUAUUUCCCUCGAAAUUAAUGGGUGUGGUUGUUUCCCUGUUCUUUUUUGACAUUUAUUAAAUAUGCAGUAAAUACUGUACUGGGGAAUCUAAUUUGUUCCCCAUAGUAAGUUUCUGCAGAUUUAAGCAAAACUUGUUUGGAUUCAUAAUGUUGAUUUACUGCAACUUGUACAAUUAAAUGAAAGGUUGGUAUUAAAACGAGAACAAAGAGAAGAAAAUA